GAUACUUUUGCAUCAGAGGAUAUGUUGUUGUGAGUCAGUACAGUAGCCUAGCAACCUCUCUGCUAAUCCUCUUGGUGAAGUAGUAUGGUAUUCUCCAGGGGUGUAGAGUGUCACUGGUGCCUUGAUACUUUACAAUAUGUCAAACAAAGGAGUUUGCAUGCCAGUGCCUUUUUAAUUCUGGAGGUGCAAUUUCAAUGAACGCAACAGCAAUAACAGUGAACGCUGAGAGACAAUGAGAACAGAAAGAUCCUUGAGAUGAUGGAAUAUUCAAUGUGUUUACGAGCAGUCAUCAUCUAAUCUGUACUGAGGAGCAUUGCGUUCUCAUCAUGUUUUUGCAAGGUCAGACAGAAGGUGUAAAUGCUCCUGGAGUCAAUGUGCCCAUGCCCCCUGUGUAUACCAUUGGUCAUCCUCCUGGAGUAAAUGAGGUUUACACUACACCACCAACAGGUUAUGUGGCGCCUCAGGUACCGGCAGUUAUGCCAGUCUUGGACAGACCCAUGGGCUGUCCUGUUGGUCUAGAGUACCUAACCCAGGUUGACCAGCUUCUAGUUCAUCAGAAAGUGGAACUAAUGGAAGUACUCAUGGGAUGGGAGACCAAUAAUCAAUAUGUGGUGAAAAACAGUUUAGGGCAGCAGGUGUUUUUUGCCGCUGAGGAGAGCCAUUUUUGCAGUCGUAUGUUUUGUGGAUCUGUGCGUUCCUUCCUGCUACAUAUCCAGGAUAACAUGGGACAGGAAGUGAUGACUUUAUCUCGUCCCCUUAAGUGCAGUAGUUGCUUCUUCCCUUGCUGUCUUCAAGAGCUGGAGGUUCAUAGCCCUUCAGGCAGCCCUCUUGGUUAUGUUACACAAAGCUGGCAUCCUUAUCUGCCAAAGUUUAUCAUUCAUAAUGAGAGAAAAGAACCAGUUCUGAAGAUUUUGGGACCGUUUUGUGACUGCAAAUGUUGUUCUGAUGUUAAUUUUGAGGUGAUGUCACUGGAUGAGUCCUCAGUGAUUGGUCGAAUUAGCAAACAGUGGUCGGGAUUUGAGGCAGAAGCUUUUACGGAUGCAGACAACUUUGGCCUACAAUUUCCAAUGGAUUUGGAUGUGAAAAUAAAAGCAGUUAUAUUGGGAGCCUGCUUUCUUAUCGAUUUCAUGUUUUUUGAGCACACUCAAAAACAAGAGUGAAACCAUCCUGACGAUUUCAUCCCCAUUUGAUUACAUUGUCUUUUAUUUUAAAGGUGCCAUAUGCAUUGAUUUCAUAAGUUCAAUUGUUCUCUGGUAUCUGUAUGGUAGGUAUUCAAUUCAAUUCAAUUCAAUUCAGCUUUAUUUGUAUAGCGCUUUUACAAUGUAG